AAACAUCAACUGGAAGUUGCCCUAUUAAAAGAGCUGUCAGAGAGAAUAACCAGUACCAAAAUGACCCACCAACCAGACCCAACACUGCUAGUUAUGGAUCAGUUACUGUGCAACCAGCUCAGUCAACUAGGAGUUGUGGUUUCCAUGAACCAACACACGUAGCACCAGGAGUGCCACAGAGAAAACCGCAAUAUGAGUCAAAUCAAGCAUGGCAAUCACCAGUAAAAGAUGUCAGAGGUAAUGAAGAUUCAGACAAAACGGAAGGCAUUCUCACACCAAUACAAGUAUCUGAAAUCUCACGACUAUUGGGACUACAUAAAAAUAAAGAAAACCAAAAAGGAACAAGUAACAGUCAAUCUGGGCAAGAUAAAAAUGAGUUGCCAUUGGCUCAUGAACUUUUCAAUUAUCUCAGAGAACUACCUCAAAUCAAAGAUGAAUCGUAUCUGUGCAGACCUAAUGACCAACAACAGUCAGUCGUAUCUAAUAAACAACAACAAUCAGCUGUACCAAAAACAAGACGUAAUUUGGGUGACCAAACAUCUCAGAAAGGAAGAGCACAACAACAGAUACCAACCAGAUUAUCAGCAAAACAAAUGAAUCAAGUGGCGAGCCAAAGACAUGGGCUGGUACAACCAAUGAAUCAAGUUGGUAGCCAAAGACAUGGGCUGGUACAACCAAUGAGUCAAGUUGGCAGCCAGCAACGUGGGAUGGUACAACCUAAUGUGCAGCUCUGUCCACAUGGUAGAGGACCUGUGACGAAAACUAUUAUGGUUGUCAAAAAGGACAAGAAGUCUAUGCUAGGACGUGGUGUUAAAAAAUCAAACAAGGGUGCGUGGAAAUAGCAAAUGACAAACCGAAAAAUUGUCAGUAUUAUAUACUAUAGUAUUAGAAUUCUAUUAUAAAUCUCUAUAAAUUGUCUUUCCUAGAAAUUGUUCUGAUCAUGAUUAAAUCCUGAAAAUGGAC